AUGUCAAAAAGAGAAAGCUGGAGAAAGCCACACAACAUUCCUAAUGAAGAGAAAACAGAUUCCGCAUCAACAAAUAUCACACAACUUGAUACCAACAAUGCUAUGACAAUUAAAGAUGACAAAAAUCUUAUACCGAAUAGUCGUGGUCUAAGUACAGCUUUGGGACUUAAAUCAACUGCUGCUGAUGACGAUGAAUAUUAUCAAGAAGAUUCACAAAUUGAUUAUACAAAUGCCUUUCUCAAAGAACAUAAACAUGCACAAGAAAUUUUAUCCAAGCUAAGGCCUGAUGGUUUAACUGAUUUCGAUAAGAUCCAGUUAGGAUUCUCAAAAUUAGAUUAUGAUGAUGGCAAAAUGGAUUGUUUAGCUAAGAAGCAAUUUGUUUUCGAUUUAUUACCAUCUUUUGAAAUGUUACAAUCAAUGCAAAAUCCAUGUUUGGGGAAUUAUAUUGAUAAUCCUGAUGAACAUGAUUUCCCACCUGAUUACUUUAGUCAAAAUAUUCAAAAAAUUUAUGGUGUUACUGGGAUUGAUGAUUUUGAGAAACUUACAUCGGGGAGCUCAAGUGAUAGACCACCAAUUAUGUUAUCACCAACUGUAACCAGAAGUCAAACUACAAUAUACUCUAACGGUAUAACAUCUCAAGAUUUGAGUGCUACACCAAGUUCCAAUGCAUCAUCAGAUAAUGCGGAGAACUUUGAGAAGAAUUUAUUUGAUAAAUCACAUUUAUUACCAAAUAUAGAUUCCUCAACAUUAGAUAUUUCAGUGCAUGUUACCAAGGAUGUUCCAAGGCCAAACCAACCUACAGAGCAAGAAUCAUUAUUGAAAGAGUACACUCCAGGUGAUGUUGUUCACGGAUAUGUCAUAAUUAACAAUUUAUCAACAAGACCUCAAAAAUUCCAAAUGUUUCAUGUUACAUUAGAAGGUUAUACCUUAGUGAUUGACCCGCAGACCAAGAAACUUAAUCAAAAGAGAUUUUUAGAUAUGGUUGAUAUUAGUGCCUCUUGGACAUUUGGUGCUGUUUCACCAUCUGCCAAUUUCAAUUAUGAACCAUAUUCACUAGAUCACGAAGGAUGUUUAUUAGGUUUACCAAAUGAUCGAAUUAUUCCACCAAAGACCAAAUAUAAGAAAUUUUUCGCUUUUAAAAUACCAUAUAGAUUACUUGAUAAUGUAUGUCAACAUGAGUUAGAAGUUCAUACUUUACUACCACCAAGUUUUGGAAUUGAUAGAGUUAAAAAUAAAGGCCAAAAUGCUGAUAUUGAUGUUGAUCCAAUGUUGAACUAUGGUCAUUCUGGUUUGAAAGGAUCGCCAGUGUUGACUCUAGAUCUUUCGGGUAAUAAUAGAGCUAUUUCUUAUGGUAUACAUGCCAGAUUUAUUAGUGUACAUCCUAAUAAACCCAAAAAAUUAUGCAUAUUGAAACAGCAUGAACAUAACUUAAGGUUUAUUCCUUUUGGUUUCACAACACCAUUAUUUUCAUCCAAAGCUUCAUUGAAAGAAUUAUACGAAAGAGUGCAAAAUGCUAUGGAGAUUUCAAAUCAUGUGUUAGAGAUGAAGUUGAAAAAUUCAGAAUUUUCACAAGAUGAUGAUGAUGAUUUUAUAAGGGAUUUGAAAAGUAGACAAUUAAGAUCUGUUUCUUCAGAUGCAACAACUUAUGAGAGCAGAGACACUAAAGGAAAUUUAACUUUUCCACUAAGGAAUAAAUCAUUUGGUAAUAGAGAUUUUUCUAAAGUUGAAAUUAUAACGAAAUAUAUGGAAGAUUCAUCGAGUAAUACAUCAGGUUUUUUGAAGAAUUUAAGAUUUGGAGCUCAAAGGAGCCAAACAAAUAACUCAAUAGGACAAGAGCUUGGAUCUAUCAAGAUAACAACAAGAAUCCCAAAAGAUGGUUUACCUUAUAUUUCACCAAGUUUGGUGAGGAAGACAAAUGAUCUUUCUAAUUUAAAUAUUCAGGGUAUUAGGAACAUUGACCAGUUAUCAUCUACACUCUCACCUGAGGAGAAAAAGAAGUUAAAGUCUUUGAAAUUUAAUCUUACUUUCACUCCUACAACUGCAUAUGGUCCCAUCAAAUUCCCAGAGUUGAAAUACAUUAGAGCAUCUUUGUUAGUCUUAAAUAUGUCAUCAACAUCACCAAUUCCAAUUAAUUUAUCAGCUGAUGUUUUCUCAAAGAAUGAAUCAUACAAGAUUAGAUCAAAAUUUAAAAAAUAUCAUGAACAAUAUCUUAAAUUAUUGCAACAAUUUGAAUCACAUAACUUGGAUCUUGCUCGUCAUAUAGACAAGCAUUUACAUCGUGAUAUUAAAGCAAUGAAAGAUCUUCAAGUUGAAGCCAGUACAGUUGAUAAUGCUUUUGAUUAUUCAAUCCAAUCACAAACAGAUUGGACCAUGUCAGAAUCUACCAAUGAAUGGAAUAAACAAGUUGAGUUGAAAUUAAAGCUUCAAGACGCAAUACCUGAAACUCUGGUACCUAAUUUCCAAACAUGUUUAUUAUCAAGAGUUUAUUCAAUACAAUUGAAUUUCAAGUUUAAAAAUGGACAAAAAUGUGAGAUGGUUGUCCCUAUUCGUAUUAGAUGCUUUGCUGAUAUAUAG